AUGGCCUAUGACAGAUACGUGGCCAUUGGUAACCCCCUGCAGUACUCAACCAUCAUGGUGCCUGGGCUCUGUAGAAUGAUGGCUGCUGGGGCUCUUGGAACUGGUUUCUUCUGUGGCUUAGUUGAGACAAUUUCUGCAUUUAAUCUGUACUACUGUGGGCCCAACUUCAUUCAACAUUUCUUUUGUAAUGUUCCUGAGAUUGUUGUCUUAGCUUGCUCCAGUCCCUUCAUCAGCCAAAUGAUUCUUUUUUUUGUAGUGACAUCUGUUGGGUUUGUUUCUUUGCUAAUCAUCCUGCUAUCCUAUGGUUACAUUGCAGCUUCCAUCCUGAAAAGAUCCUCAGUCAAAGGUAGUCUCAAGGCCUUCAACACCUGUGCCUCCCACCUGGCAGUUGUCACCAUCUUCUAUGGCACAGCCCUGGCUGUGUAUGGGAAUCCUCCUUCUAGCCACUCUGAUAAGCAGAACAAGAUACUGUCAGUGUUCUACAUUCUUAUUAUCCCCAUGUUGAACCCUCUGAUCUAUAGUUUAAGGAACAAGGAUAUCAAAGCUGCAUUAAAAAGGGGGAUAAAAAAGUCAAGACAUUAA